AAACCCUAAUGGUGCUCACCCUUUCUGCUGCGCGCCUCACCCUUCAACUCAAUUUUUAAGCUUCUCAUUACCCCAGAUCCGCAGAUCCUUUUCCCUUCCAAAAUCAGUCUAAUCACUAGUCCCAUUUUCCCUUUCCAUUCUCGACCAUUCCAGUAUUCCACCAUGAUUUUUUUUCCAUUCAACCAUUAUUUUUUUCAUAAUUUUUCUUCCUGGUUGUCUUACUGUUACAUUGAUGGCAGAGAUACAAUCUAACAAUUUAAGAAACCAAGGUGUCGAUGAGCAUCCAGAAAUUGUGGAAGUUGAAUCAGUAGUUGAUUCCAGACAAGUAGAGAAAGGGGGUGCUGUUAAAGGGAAAAGAAAGAAAAUUAACAAAAGAUCUGAAGUAUGGAAUCAUUUUACUGAAAUUGUUGAUAAGGAUGGGAAAGAUAAGGCUAAAUGCACCUGGAAGUUUAAUCAUGAGUCUGCGAGGAGGUCUUUAGCUGAAAUGAUUAUAGUUGAUGAAAUUCCAUUUAGUUUUGUUGAAAAGAAAGGGUUUAGGAAGUUUUGUCAACUUGCAUUGCCUCCUAAUUUUAUUGCCCUAUCUAGGAGAACAAUAACCAGAGAUUGUUAUAGUAUUUAUAUGGAUGAAAGGUUGAAGCUUAAAUCAUUUUUCAAAGAAUCUAGGCAAAGGGUUUCACUUACCACUGAUACAUGGACUUCAAUUCAAAGAGUUUUUUACAUGUGUCUAACUGCACAUUAUAUUGAUGAAAAUUGGAAGUUGCACAAAAAAAUCUUAAACUUUUGUCCUGUUGAGAGUCAUAAGGGGGAAGAGUUAGGUGACCUUUUAGAGAGGUGUUUGAAAGAUUGGGGUAUUGAAGAGGUAUAUGCAUUAACUAUAGAUAAUGCCUCAUCAAAUGGUGGAGUUGUUAGGGUUCUUAGGAAUGCCCUCACCAAGUGGGGAACAACAGUCUUAGGUGCACAAGAUUUGCAUAUGAGGUGUGCAGCUCAUAUCAUCAAUCUUGUAGUUGGUGAUGGAGUAAAUGAGGAAGAAAUGCACAAGAGUGUAACUGCUGUUAGAGCUGCUGUGAAAUAUAUAAGACAGAGCCCAUUAAGAUUAAAAAGAUUUAAAGCUGUUGUUGAGUUUGAAGAUAUUGAAACAAAAAAAGGGCUUUGCUUGGAUGUUCCCACAAGGUGGAAUUCCUUGUAUUUGAUGCUGGACACUAUAGAAAAAUAUGAGAUGGCAUUUGAGAGAUAUGCUAGAAGUGACAAAGAUAUGAAAACUGAACUGAAUUAUGGGAAAAAUGCACCUGGUUUUCCAUCAUGCAUUGACUGGGAAAAUGUGAGAAGGGUGAUUCGGUUCUUGGAGCACUUCUACUACUUAACUGAGAAGGUUUCUGGUAGUUUAUAUACUACCAGCAACCUUCUCUUUCCAGAAAUUAGUGAGGUUGAUUGUUUGUUAAAAUCUUGGGAGAAAGAUGUGGAUGUAAAAGACAUGGCACAAUCAAUGAGGGAAAAGUUUCACAAGUAUUGGGGUACUCCUACAGAAAUGAACAAAAAUAUUUUCCAUGCUGUAGUCCUUGAUCCUAGGAACAAAUUAGGAUUUCUUGAAUUUUUAUUGAUAAAAGUGUAUGGGAAAGAACAAGGAAUGCAACAUGGUAGAAUGGUUUGUUGUGAAUUGAAGAGGUUGUUUGUUGAAUAUAAGAAAACAGUUUCUGGUGGUGGGCAAACUAUAGUUCUGGAGGGUAGUACUAGUGCUAGUAAUGCCCCUAGUGAGAGUGACCCCAAGUAUAAGAGUAGGCAACAACUUAAGUCUGCUUACAAGAGGUUCAAAAUUGAGAAUGGGUUCAUGUCGGAGAAAACUGAGCUAGAUAAGUAUUUGGGAGAGGAUGUUGAGGAUGAUAAUGAUGAUUUUGACUUACUUGGAUGGUGGAAGUUGAAUGCUCCAAGGUUCCUUGUCUUGGUAGCAAUGGCCAGAGAUGUUCUGGCUUUUUCGAUUUCAACUGUUGCUUCUGAGUCGGCUUUUAGCACGGGAGGGAGAGUUCUUGAUGCUUUUAGAUCAUCUCUAACCCCAAGAAUGGCACAAGCCCUUAUUUGUGCCCAAGACUGGUUGCGGAGUAAAUCGAGAAUAGUUUCGGAAGAGGAAGACUUGGAUCUGUUGGACGAUCUCGAGAAAGAAUUUGACAAAGUGCACAUGGAUUCUGCCAUUCUAGAAUGAAUGGCUUGAAGGUUUAGUCUUUGGUGUUAUGGUAGUAGAUUUUUUUUUUCUUAAUUGCUGGAGUGGUUUUUUCUUAAUUGUUGUAUUGUUUUAUUUUUAUAAUUGUUGGAUUGCUAGAUUCAUAUGGGCAACAUAUUAAUUUUUUCUUAUAAUUGUUGGAUUACUUUUUUUUUUACAAUUGCUGGAUUCAUGUCUUUGCUUAUGUUAACCUCAUAAUUUGUUUUCUUCUUUGUCCAUCAAAUAGAUUCUUGUAUAUAUACGGUGGAGGUGUUUUUGGGAUCUUUUUGUUCAUAUCAGUAUAUCACACCCAUAUUGCAGCUGUAAAGAGUCAACGCAAUGAAGCUUAUUGACUUUU